AACAGAGCAAGGAGGGAUUCAAACCAGGCUUGGGGGCUGCGGGUGAAUCCCUUCUGGUAGUGGGCUGCUCCUCCACAAUAAUAAAUGGGAUCAGAUUAUCUUUGUCCCCAGUGUAAUAGUCUCAGGCCAGAUUACGAGACCAUCUGCUGCAGUGGUGCCGAAACAGCAGCGAGCGAAGGCAAUUAGCAAACUGGGAUGAGGGGAAUUGGAGUGCCGAUAAUCCACUUGCAUGCUACUCAGCUGCCACACCUCCACUGCGCAUCCUUUUGGAUGUGCUGCAUUGCAAUUAUCAGGAAAAAAAGAUUAUAUUGUCCAGAAUGUAGUUUUUCUGUCUACGUUGGCACCGUCUAUCUGAAAUAUCGUGCUUUGAAAACCCCGAAUCACUCUUUGGUCUUUCAGAUAUCAUCAUGUUCGUUUGCACAAUCAAAUAACAUUUUGGUUUUGUUAUUCUGUUAUUAAAACGCACAGAAGAGUAUCGUGGGAAAAGGCUUACAUCUGUUGAUCGGGAACUCUGCUUUUCUCAGAAUCAGUUCCCUCCCUGGCAGGUAUUUAUUAUGUAAGAAAGGGAUAAGUCAGGGAAACACUCGCCAAACAACAGGCUUACUACUUCAUCAAUUGUAAUACUGGACUUAUUCUUUCUGUGUUUACAUUUUUAUUACAUGGAAGACUAAUGUUCAGGAUAAUCUCUUUGUGUUCGGGGGAAUUACUCAGUGAGAUGUUGGGCUGCUCCCAAGUUUGAGGCGGAAUUUACCUUCGAAUUAAUCAGCAUUUGUGGAUACUUUUCUUGUGUAGAGCGCUGAGAGUCUAAAAGCUUUUUGGUAUGUCCACACACUUUUUAAAAACUCUUUCCGAGUAAUAGCUAUGUACACAAAAAAUAUUUAACAUUUAUUUUCUACAACUUGGUUGACUGCAACGAAAACCCCUCGACAAGGAGAAAGACUCUAGAUACAUUACCUUUUAAAAUGCAGGCCCUGUUGAUGUCAUUUUGUGGCAUUUGGGUUUUUCUACACUGUGACAAGUGUGUGAAUCAGAGGGGCCUGAUAGAUCGAUUGCGAUCGACCGGUUAAUGGCCAAGGCAUAAAUCACACGCCAUGGAAAAGCGAUCCGUGCUUACUAAAGGACACAUUUACAUCGUUAGAAGCAACACUGACUGACUCAAAUCAGUGCAAGUCAUCAGAAUAAAGUAAUGACCAACAAUGUAUGUUGUUCCCUCGCUCCUGACGAUAAGCUCGUUGUUUCUUAAUAUCGACUCGUUUUGCGAGGACGGUGUGCAGCGCUGUUGCUCUGUUUGGUUACUGCUGCUAAAGCCGAGUCUAUGAGGAAAUGACUCUACUUCUGUGUAGUGACCAGCAGGGGGCGACUCCUCUGCUCCCAUAGACGUCUAUGAGGAAAUGACUCUACUUCUGUGUAGUGACCAGCAGGGGGCGACUCCUCUGCUCCCGUAGACGUCUAUGAGGAAAUGACUCUACUUCUGUGUAGUGACCAGCAGGGGGCGACUCCUCUGCUCCCAUAGACGUCUAUGAGGAAAUGACUCUACUUCUGUGUAGUGACCAGCAGGGGGCGACUCCUCUGCUCCCGUAGACGUCUAUGAGGAAAUGACUCUACUUCUGUGUAGUGACCAGCAGGGGGCGACUCCUCUGUUCCCAUAGACGUCUAUGAGGAAAUGACUCUACUUCUGUGUAGUGACCAGCAGGGGGCGACUCCUCUGCUCCCAUAGACGUCUAUGAGGAAAUUACUCUACUUCUCUCUUGAUUUAUUCCCUCAGUAAACAUUGUAAACAUGAGUUUAUGGUCUCAAUCUCUAGUUUCAAGUCUUCUUCAAUGCAGCAUGAUGUUCAUUUAGUGAAUCCUGGACCAUUUAGUGUCAAAUAGAGAACAAAGUAGGGGAUGUCUUAGGGCGGGGCCACAUGCUGAUUGGCAGGACAAACAUGGUAAUUCAGGAACCUCGAGGCCUCGGAACCUCAGUAACGAUGGUUUUGUCCACUUCUUAUGUCCGUCUGAGGCUCAGACCAAAGGUGACAGUUUGAAAAAAAAUCUAAAUGAAUCAUAGCGAAGACGGCAGAUGUUUGUCUGUCUAACAUCUGGUCAUCCUUCACAUACAUUCUGGAAGUAUUUUUUCUUUAUUCACGCGGCAAUAACCCACAGGAGCAGGCUUUUUUUUCAACAUGAGCAGAUUUGUCCUGCAUGCGCACACACAUUGUGGGUGUAUUUUUGUGUGGGACUGUACACAUUAUGUCACGACUCACCGGCUGGGAAACCUGAUCUCAAGUCUUUGAAAUGCGCUUCGACAUCGAAGGCAGUGAAAAAAAAAAUCAGGGAAAUGUAAACUCGUCCUGGAUUAUGAUCUAAGCUCAUAGUAAUCUUCUUUUUUAAUUUUUUUUUUUUUUUUUUCAUGACUCCGCUCAAAGGAAAUCUGGAACAUAAUUUGCCAUUUGUAAUGGAUAAUAUCUCCGGAAAAGAUUUGUAGAAGGGGAGGAGCGAGGACGUGGGCUGGGCGAGCGGCGAGGACCGAAAGAGUUCAAAUGGAGACUGCCAUGGGUCUCUCUUGUUCCUGCGGCAGUGGAGAGAACCAAUCCUCAAACCGAGGAGGUGGCGCAUCGUCAGAGGAGGCACGCGCCGGAUUCUCACCCAAGGAGCCACGACCAGAUUACGAAGAUUUGACACAUCUGCUGGGAGGCGAAACACGGCGGCUACAAAUCAAAAGCCGGGAUUAGUUGCCUUUUCAUUUCGUCUCCUCGGGCCCUGGCCUCGACCAUGAGGCUAGAGCGCGGCCGGCGGGCAUCUCUGGCGCUCACCCUCAACUUCGUGGCGUUCGCCUUCGCCUUGUCGGCCGUGACCACCAGCUACUGGUGCGAGGGCACCCGCAAGGUGCCCAAGCCCUUCUGCACCGGGCCGGUGGUGAAGGCGAAGCAGUGGUUCUGCAUCCGCUUCAACAGCUCCAACAUCAACGACACCCGCCUGGUGCAGUACAUCUUUGAGAGCGGCGAGGAGAAGUUCCUCCUGAGGAAGUUCCACACGGGGAUAUUCUUCUCCUGCGAGCAGGCCGCCGACAUGAACGGUUUUGACUGUCGAGACUUCUUCGAUAUCGCACCAGAACACGAAAGAGGGGUUUUGUGGUUGUGUAUCGUGGCCGAGAGUCUUUACCUCGCCCUGCUCUUCACGGGCGGGGCCCUGAUGAUGCUGGAGCAGUGUCCCUGCUUCAGCGUCAUGAACAAGCUGAAGAUCAGUGCCUUCGCCGCCGUGUGCACCGCCCUCUCAGGCCUUUGUGGGAUGGUGGCCCACAUGAUGUUCACCACCAUAUUCCAGCUGGCCGUCGCUAUGGGACCAGAAGACUGGAGACCCAAGACCUGGGACUACAGCUGGUCUUAUGCCUUGGCGUGGAGCUCCUUCGGGACCUGCAUGGGCUCGGCGGUGACGGCGCUCAACAGGUACACCAAGACCAUCGUGGAGUUCAAGUACAAGCGGCGGAACAUCGCCAAGAGCCUGCUGAUCAAGCAGAAGAUGAUGGAGAAGGACCUCCCCGACCAGAUGUGGGACAUGUGCCUCACCGCCGUCCCCGCCGACGGCGCCGAGGCCCGGCCGCCGCCGCCGCCGCUCAACGGCCACAAGCCCUCCACGGGGGCCCCCUACGUGGUGGAGAUGGUGGGGGGGGGCCCGGAACCACACCAAGGGAGGGGGGUGUACUGCUGAGGCCGGACCGGAUUCCCUGCAGCCAGAUUGGGAUUUCCUCCUAAUGCCGGGAGACUUAUUCGCUCGCCGGACUCGACACGUGUUUCAUCAAAUCUUCCCGUGUGAUAUGACUUUCGGGAGGAAUAAGCGGGCUGCAAUUUCCACGUCUUCACGCUAAUCUGAGGAAAGCUGCAGGUCCUUCGCGGGGGGGGUGUUUCCACCUCAGAGAUCUGUUGCUUUUUUUGGCCUUUUUUCGCUCCUCAGCUACACACAGGCCAACAAUGACGUGACCUUGCUUUGAAGGGACGGCAGAGCAGCGGCGUGGAGACCUGGAGUCAAUCCAACGACUCCAUUUAGACACAAAAGAGGACCCCAAAGAGACUCGAGAGACAAACAACUCCCCGUCUCUGUCUUCUCUCCGUCUGUCCCUCGUGUUGGACGACGUCUGAGGCGUUUUUCUGCCGUCUCAUAAUCCGUCCCCAUGAAACCAAACCACAUCAGAGGAGGGAUUAAAAGAACAUCUCCUCCGAGUCGAGCGCUUUGCUUUUCAAAUCACUUUUCUACGGACAUGGACUCGACAGAAGAGGAGGGAAGGGGGGGGGG